UGGAAUGUCAUUGUCACCACAAUCUGUCAACAAUAAUCUUAUCCCGUUACACAUUUUUCCGAAUAGAAUUAGAAAAUGUUUAGUACAUAAGAUUUUGGUGCAAUAGCCAUAACACAUUAGUAAUAAUGGCCCUCACAUAUAGGACUUUAUUUAAAAAUUAUUAUUACCUGCAAAAUAUAACCAAACCGGUGAAAUGGAGUGUUGGGGAAAAAUAUCCAAUAAGGACUCUGGCUAAUGGUAUUUGUUAUCAAAAUCCUUAUGCUCAAAGACCGUUGAUGGACCCAAAAGAUAUAAGUUUACACUCGCAAAGCUUAAGAUUAUAUUCAACUCAAAGCAGCCUUCCACCGGAUGGCGAAGCACCCAAAAAGCAGGGUAUCAUACAAAAAUUUAAGCUGAUGUACAGGGAUUAUUGGUAUGUGUUGAUACCUGUGCAUGUGGCAACGUCUAUUGUUUGGUUCGGAAGUUUUUACUACAUUGUCAGAAGUGGUGUCGAUGUUUUAGCUGUGUUACAAACAUUGGGUGUCAGUGAAACAAUAAUUGGACCAUUAAGAGAUUCAGCUGCGGGAUACUUUGCAGUAGCGUUAGCACUCUACAAGCUGGCUACACCUCUGCGGUAUGCAGUCACAAUAGGGGGAACUACGCUUACAAUUAGAAAACUAAAAGCAAUAGGUGUCAUUAAGCCAGUCCCUUCUCGAGAAAGAAUAAAAGAAAUUUUCCAAGAACAAAGAGAUAAUCUUCAAGGACGGUUUAAUGAGAGCAAAACUCACUAUCAAACUCAGAUGAAAGAAAAACGCGCCCAGGUCAUGCAAGAAAUGAAACGAUACAAAUCAGAUAUACGCAAUAUGAAAAACAAGGCAAAGAAAAUGUGACAGUCUCUAAUAAUAUUUCUACAAUAAAAUAUGAACAUCCUUUAUAUAGAAAAUAAUGCUUACUAACAAGUAAACCAUACUACUUCAGUAUGAAAUAAAAAAAUAAUUAGUUGUCAUGAAAUAGGUCCUAGGAUGAAAUUUAUUUAAAUUAUAUACAGUUUAAAAUUU